CGGCAUCAGCACCUUUGGGCUAACAAAAACAUGCUGUUUCCCGUUUUCUUCCUCAAACCGAGGAUUCUUUUGUUCUCUUUUCCCUCCCCUCUUUGACGUUCCUGCAGAGGAUCCAACGCUGCCGCUCAUAAGCGCUCCCAUGCCUCGCGGACCAGAUCGAAAUCUGUCGUUGCUACCUGGGAUACCAUGAAGCCUACCUGGCUGGAUGAGCCCGUUGCUCAGCAAGGGGGCAGUUCCCGCCGAUCCAGCGUCAGUCCUUUCACCGCCGACUACACCAUCAGCCAGACCCUCCAUGGUCAGUCGCACUCGGAAUCUAGGCGCCUGAGCGGGGACGUGCCGCCUGAUUUUAUCAACCUCAAUGCCAUUGUGUCGUCGCAGGGUACGUCGGCCAGCACUGAGGAUUUUCCGCCAAAGACGCUCAAGAAGCAGACGCGGAUCGACGGCGAGGGCCCGUUUUCGCUCCUUGAGGGACCCACGCUUCCCUUGCCGAGUCACGCCGUUCACAAGAGGGAGAAGAGGUGGAUCAACAGGAGAUGGAGCGAUCUCCUCACAUUCGGCAAGUUUGUAGGGCCCGGGUUCAUGAUUGCCGUCGCAUAUAUCGAUCCCGGAAACUAUGCCACUGACAUCGCCGCCGGUGCUUCCUAUCACUUUGACCUGCUCUUCAUCGUCUUGCUGAGCAACGUUGUUGCGAUAUUCCUCCAGGGGCUGGCUAUCAAACUCGGGACUAUUACGGGCCUCGAUCUGGCGACAGCCUGCCGUGUCUUCCUCCCGAAAUGGAUGAACAUCAUCGUCUACGCGCUCGCCGAGAUUGCCAUUGUCGCGACGGAUAUGGCCGUCGUCAUCGGAACCGCUACGGCUAUACACCUGCUGAUACCAAAGUUGCCGUUGAUCGCCUGCGUCGUCCUGACUAUUGUGGAUGUCGUCUUCAUUGUCGUAUUUUACCGCCCCGACGGCUCGAUGCGCGGUCUGCGGUUGUUUGAGAUUGGCGUCUGUUUCCUUGUGCUCGGUGUUGUCGUCUGCUUCUGCAUCCAGCUUUCGUUGAUUGAGAAUACGACUGUUGGACAAGUGUUCCGCGGAUACCUCCCAUCCAGCUCCAUCAUCCAGACUCAGGGAUUAUACCAAUCUUGCGGUAUCCUAGGCGCAACAGUGAUGCCUCACAGCCUCCACCUCGGCUCAGGCGUCGUCCAAUCUCGCCUCAAAGACUUUGACAUGAAGGAGGGCAACCUCCAAGAACUCCCCCGCUCCGACACAAUGACCACCGUCGACAGCUACCACAAGGUCUUUUACUUCCCCUCCAUGGCCGCCAUAAAGCACUGCAUGAAAUUCUCCAUCGCCGAGAUCGUCUUCUCCCUCUUCAUCUUUGCGCUGUUCGUCAACUCGGCCAUCCUUAUCGUGGCGGGCUCGGCGCUCUACCAGGGCCAGACCUCCCUCGCCUCUGAUAUUUUCGGUAUGCACGAUUUACUCGCCAACAGCAUCUCCUCUGCCGCUGGAAUCAUCUUUGCCUUUGCGUUGCUUCUCUCGGGUGUAUCCGCGGGCCUGGUGUGUACCAUUGCCGGCCAACUCGUCAGCGAAGGCGCGCUAAACUGGCGCAUGCGCCCUUGGCUCCGCCGCCUCGCGACGCGGCUUAUAAGUGUCACCCCCACCAUCGUCGUCGUUGCUGUCGCGGGGCAAUCUGGGCUCAGCAAUGCUUUGACGGGGACGCAGGUCGUGCUGAGCACGGUGUUGCCCGUCAUCACGGCGCCGCUUAUCUAUUUCACUUCGUUUAACAAGUACAUGACUGUCGUGCCUGGGGCGGCGAGCUACGGGUCUGAUACGGGUGUUGUGCCGGCGCGGCGGUUUAGUGCUGUGGGCGUGAAGAUGGCGAAUUCGUGGUGGGUUACGGUGUUGGCUGUGCUGCUGUGGUUGAUGAUUACUAUUAUGGUUGUCGCGAAUUUGGUGUUGUUGGUGUUGAAUGCUCAUAAUAGUAACUGAGGGUGUUUUGGUUUGUGGUGAUGAAGGUGGGAGGGGGUGAAGACAGUAUUCGCA